UCGAGGGAAAACAAAAACAGGAGAAAGAGAUGCAGCGAUAAAUUUCAUGCGUGUUCAAUACAAUUCUAUAAAUGCAAUCUCAAAGACAAGUAGGAGAGAGAAGAGACAGAUCGCAGAAGAAGGAGAACUGCUCACCUACACUCUUUCUUUUCUUUUCCCUUUCGUCUCCUCUCUCUGAAGAACAGGAUCUCCGUUCUUUCUCAAUAUCUCAGUCAACAUGUAUUCAUUGAGCCAAAGCAGUUUUCUGAAAAAUUCCCUUUCCGGAGUGUCUAGGGGCUUGACUAAGUCUACAAGUAAAAAGGUUUCUGCUCCAUCUGUGGUGGUGUCUGCUGUGAGCUCUAAUGACAGGUCAGGGGAUCGAAACCUCAGUGUUUUGGAGAAUACUUUAAAAGAAAUGAGAGAAAAUGCUCCAUCACCUUCAUCAUCAGUGGUAAUGAAAGAAUCAGAAUUGACGGUCGGUGGUGGAGUUGAAGAUGUGUAUGGUGAGGAUAGUGCCACAGAGGAUCAAUACAUCACUCCCUGGACUGUAACUGUUGCCAGUGGAUAUCCAUUGUUGCGCGAUCCACACUACAAUAAAGGUCUUGCCUUCACCGAGAAAGAGAGGGAUGCACAUUUUUUAAGUGGUCUUCUUCCUCCAGUGGUUAUUAGCCAACAUACUCAGGUUAAGAAAAUGAUGCACAACAUACGUCAAUACCACGUACCACUGCAGAGGUACAUGGCCAUGAUGGAUCUUCAGGAGAGAAAUGAAAGGCUGUUCUACAAGCUUCUUAUUGACAAUGUUGAGGAGCUGCUCCCAGUUGUCUAUACGCCCACUGUGGGUGAGGCAUGCCAGAAAUAUGGGAGCAUAUUUAGACAACCUCAGGGUCUUUUUAUCAGUUUAAAAGAGAAGGGGAGAAUUCUCGAGGUAUUGAAGAAUUGGCCCGAGAAGAAGAUUCAAGUUAUAGUGGUGACUGAUGGUGAGAGGAUUUUGGGGCUUGGGGACCUUGGCUGCCAGGGAAUGGGAAUACCAGUAGGGAAGCUUUCCUUAUAUUCAGCACUUGGAGGCAUUCGUCCUUCUGCUUGCUUGCCUGUGACCAUUGAUGUAGGAACUAACAAUGAGGAGCUGCUGAAAGAUGAAUUUUAUAUCGGACUUAGACAAAGAAGAGCAACUGGGCAGGAAUAUGCUGAACUCUUGGACGAGUUUAUGUCUGCAGUUAAGCAGAAUUAUGGGGAGAAAGUCCUUAUUCAGUUUGAAGACUUUGCAAAUCACAAUGCCUUUGAUCUCCUUGCGAAGUAUGGAACUACGCAUCUUGUCUUCAAUGAUGAUAUUCAGGGUACAGCAUCUGUGGUCCUUUCGGGACUUAUGGCUGCCUUGAAGUUAGUAGGGGGAACCUUGGCUGAACAUACAUUCUUAUUCCUUGGAGCAGGAGAGGCUGGCACUGGUAUUGCAGAACUUAUAGCUCUUGAAAUGUCAAAACAGACAAAUGUCCCACUGGAAGGAACUCGCAAGAAGAUUUGGCUUGUGGACUCCAAGGGGUUGAUUGUUAGAUCCCGCAUGGAUUCACUUCAACAUUUUAAGAAGCCCUGGGCCCAUGAACGUCAACCCGUACGAAAUCUGCUAGAUGCUGUCAAGGCCAUCAAACCAACAGUUUUAAUAGGUUCAUCAGGAGCUGGAAGAACAUUCACAAAAGAAGUGGUUGAGGCCAUGUCAUCCGUUAACGAGAAACCUAUUAUUCUUGCUCUUUCCAACCCAACUUCACAGUCUGAAUGUACGGCCGAAGAAGCUUACAAAUGGAGCGAUGGCCGAGCCAUUUUUGCUAGUGGAAGCCCUUUUGAUCCAGUCGAAUACAAAGGGAAGGUCUUUUCAUCUGGCCAGGCAAAUAAUGCAUACAUUUUUCCUGGAUUCGGUCUGGGCUUGAUUAUUUCUGGUGCGAUCCGUGUUCAUGAUGAUAUGCUCCUGGCAGCCUCUGAAGCAUUAGCCGAACAGGUUACAGAAGAGAACUUAGAGAAUGGACUUAUAUACCCACCAUUUGCGAACAUCAGAAAAAUUUCAGCCCAGAUUGCAGCCAAAGUAGCAGCCAAAGCGUAUGAACUUGGCUUGGCUACUCGUCUACCUCAACCUGAAGACCUGGUGUCAUAUGCAGAGAGCUGUAUGUAUAGCCCUAAUUAUCAUAGCUAUCGCUGAACCAGUGGAAAAAUCUAUAGAUAGUAAUUCUCUAGCAUAGAUAUCAUUUUGCAUGUUAUUUCUUUUUUUAACGGAUUCUUUAGGUUUUUCGUUUAUUUUGUUUUAUUUUUAUUUUCUGGGUUUUCAUUAAAUUCUCCAAGUGAGACAAGGGCGGGUAAGAUUAGAAAUUUUCUUACAAAAGGCACCCAAAAUGUUGUAAUGGUUGAAACUCUUGAUAGUAAUAAAGGCACUUCUUUAUAGCUUA